GGCGGCGGGCGAAGCCCCUUUAGGCGGCCCCGUUUCUCAAGCUGUAAAAUGGGGCGAACGGGCGUUCUUAACGCGUCGCGCCGCGCUUGCCGUCUUUGAGGGGCUCCACUCAGGAAGCGGAGUCCAGCCUACUAGUGAACCUCAAAGUAGCCCGAACGGGGUCUUCUUGGACAUGGGAGGUGGAGCCAGCACAAGAGCCGCGCUUGAGGGCGGAGACCACUGGAGGGAGCUGAGGUGAAUCCGAGGUACCACGUACACAGACCUCUCGGCCGGAAUCUCCAGGGAUGACCAGCCCCUCCCCACGCAUCCAGAUAAUCUCCACCGACUCUGCGGUAGCUUCACCUCAGCGAAUUCAGAUUGUAACAGACCAGCAAACAGGACAGAAGAUCCAGAUAGUCACCGCCGUGGACGCCUCUGGAUCCCCCAAGCAGCAGUUCAUCCUGACCAGCCCAGAUGGAGCUGGAACUGGCAAGGUGAUCCUGGCUUCUCCAGAGACAUCCAGUGCCAAGCAGCUUAUAUUCACCACCUCAGACAACCUCGUCCCUGGCAGAAUCCAGAUCGUCACGGACUCUGCUUCUGUGGAGCGUUUGCUGGGGAAGACCGACGUCCAGCGGCCCCAGGUGGUGGAGUACUGCGUGGUCUGUGGCGACAAAGCCUCCGGCCGUCACUAUGGGGCUGUCAGUUGUGAAGGUUGCAAAGGUUUCUUCAAAAGGAGCGUAAGGAAAAAUUUGACCUACAGCUGCCGGAGCAACCAAGACUGCAUCAUCAACAAACACCACCGGAACCGCUGUCAGUUCUGCCGGCUGAAAAAAUGCUUAGAGAUGGGCAUGAAAAUGGAAUCUGUGCAGAGUGAACGGAAGCCUUUUGAUGUACAACGGGAGAAACCAAGCAACUGUGCUGCUUCAACUGAGAAAAUCUAUAUCCGGAAGGACCUGAGAAGUCCUCUCAUCGCCACUCCCACAUUUGUGGCAGAGAAAGAUGGAACAAGACAGACAGGUCUUCUCGAUCCAGGGAUGCUUGUGAACAUCCAGCAGCCUUUGAUACGUGAGGAUGGCACCGUUCUCCUGGCCACGGAUUCCAAGGCUGACACAAGCCAGGGCGCCCUGGGCACACUGGCAAAUGUGGUCACCUCUCUUGCCAACCUGAGCGAGUCUCUCAACAAUGGUGAUGCUUCAGAAGUGCAGCCGGAAGACCAGUCUGCAAGUGAGAUAACUCGGGCCUUUGACACGUUAGCUAAAGCACUUAACACCACAGACAGCUCCUCACCGCCCAGCCUAGCAGAUGGGCUAGAUGCCAGUGGCGGUGGGGGCAUCCACGUCAUCAGCAGAGACCAGUCCACGCCCAUCAUUGAGGUGGAAGGCCCUCUCCUUUCAGACACUCACGUGACGUUCAAGCUCACGAUGCCCAGCCCGAUGCCGGAGUACCUCAACGUGCACUACAUCUGCGAGUCCGCCUCCCGCCUCCUCUUCCUCUCCAUGCACUGGGCCAGAUCAAUCCCCGCCUUUCAGGCACUGGGGCAGGACUGCAACACCAGCCUGGUGCGGGCCUGCUGGAACGAACUUUUCACCCUUGGCCUGGCCCAAUGUGCCCAAGUCAUGAGUCUCUCUACCAUCCUGGCGGCCAUUGUCAACCACCUGCAGAACAGCAUCCAGGAAGAUAAACUUUCUGGUGACCGGAUAAAGCAAGUCAUGGAGCACAUCUGGAAACUUCAGGAGUUCUGUAACAGUAUGGCGAAGCUGGAUAUAGACGGCUAUGAGUAUGCAUACCUUAAAGCUAUAGUUCUCUUUAGCCCCGAUCAUCCAGGCUUGACCAGCACAAGCCAAAUUGAAAAAUUCCAAGAAAAGGCACAGAUGGAGUUGCAGGACUAUGUUCAGAAAACGUACUCAGAAGACACCUACCGAUUGGCCCGGAUUCUUGUCCGCCUGCCCGCCCUCAGGCUGAUGAGCUCCAACAUAACUGAGGAACUCUUUUUCACCGGUCUCAUUGGCAAUGUUUCAAUAGACAGCAUAAUCCCCUACAUCCUCAAGAUGGAGACAGCAGAGUACAACGGUCAGAUCACCGGAGCCAGCCUAUAGUGCACACAGCCCACCCGCCCGCCCAGGCGCCACAGGACCUCCCGGGACCUCUCAGACACAGAGACUAAAUAAUGGUGUUUUGGUAUGUGCAUAUACUUCGAUACGUUAGCCAUUUCCUACCUUGUUUCUCGUUAAUCCCAGACAAUUGCAACUAAAAGACUAGUAGGAUCCUUUCCUGCCGUAAGAAAUGUUUUAAUGCCUUUUGAUGAAGCAGAUUUUGGAACAAUCUUUUAAUUCAAUUUGUACUUAGAAAUUCUCAAAGGGCAAAAAACAAAAAGUUUUAUAAUGUCAGAGACUAGUAUUAAAGAAAACUAAAAAGAACCUAAGAGAACAGUAUGUGUGUAUAUAUAGAAAAUGUCCUUGGAAUUAAUAGCUACUAAUUACCAGGGUAAUAAUAGCACUUUCUAAGCACUUCUUAUCAGUGGAUGAUGUUAGCAACAUCUUGCCUGUGGACAGGGCAAAUGGAAAAGUAUGCAUGUCUUUGCCGAAACCUGAUGAUGUCCAUGAAAACGCAAUAGGGUAGAGGAGACAAUCAUUUGUGUUGAAGGAGGCAUCAUUCCUCAUUUUAUGCUCACCGUGGUGGUGGUGGUGGUGGCUGAAUUUCUGUAAGCAAAUGUAAAUGUGGCUUAUCUGUGUCAUGCAGGAAGGGGGGUGUGGUGGCACAGUGGGCGGGGCCCAGACAGAAGUCGCAGCCUUAGCUGCUGUUUGUUGGGCUCUCUGACUUCUGGUUCUGACUGUAACAGGCAUCGCUAGGCGCCUCCAAGCCUGUGCUUUCUUUGGGUCACUGGUUCUCAGAGCUGAGUUGCAGCCAGACAGGCAUUAACUAUCAAUUCCUGCAGCGGCUGAGACCAUCCCCGAUCACCUUCACCACUUGACGGGAAAUGAACCUUCUGGCCAAAAAGCGCCAGGCGGGCAUUUUGAACUCUGACUUACAGGAACAGAAGGUGGUUGCGUGUUCAGAGAGUGUGCGAGUUCCUUUCUCCGGUUUUCAUUGCCAGCGUCACCUUGAGAAGGGCUGUGUCAGCCAGUGAUUCGGUCAGACCCAGCUGGGGGUGGGGGACGCACAGGGCCUGUGAAGCUUAGUGGAAAGUUUCUCUGUUGACCUUCAAUGUCAGGGUUGUUGUCUCCAGCCUUAGCAUCUCGUUGAGUGUUCUGAUGGUAUUGGAGGGCCAUGACUGUUAACAAGGACAGAAUACAGUUACGAGGAAGUUUAGUAUAGCUAGAGCAGAGCACCCCUAAGUUCCUGUGGGUCUAAAUGCACUGCAGGCACCCCGUUUGGGAAGGUGGCACGUCCAGAGCCGGGUCAGGUGCUUGUGCUUGCUUUCUGGCCGCCCAGGCUGACAGGGUGCGAGGUUCCCACUCCUUUGAACUCCGGAAAGGUGGCUGUGCACUUUCCCGCCUAGGGGCACACCCUGGUCUGGCCUGGGCCCACAAGGGGCCUAGGGUAGGUGGCACACCUGCUGUGUGUGGUUGCCAGGCAGCCAGCCGCAGGCUCGUGGCAAAAGAGGAUGCUUCCAAGUACACAGUAGUAGCACUUUAUGAAAACGAAGUUCCUGUUUGGGUUUAAUUAUAGUUUAUGCUUUAGGCAAAUUGUAGAGAAUAGGGAUGCCUGUUAUAAAAUGAUGGAAAGGAUUUAAUUUUACCAACUCAAGUUUCUGCGUUUCUGACUUUUGAAGUGAUUCACAUUUCAAAAUUAAGACAAAACUGGCCAAGGCAAUGGAGCUUCAUGUCUGCUUGUGAAGGAUUUAAGCAGAGGGCGUUCUGAAGCGUGUGCGCCUUACACAGUGAGGUGCCCAUCUUCCUGCCCUUGCGCUCGUGAGCCUGUUGACCAUGGCAGCGUCCCCCAGGAGUGCCCCAGAUCCGAGUUCUCAGAGUCGGUGAACAGGCCCACACCAGGCAGCUCCCUCCUUCCCUGGGGCAGGCCCUGGGACUCUGUCCACUGGGCCUUGCCUCCAGUUGCCUUAAAAUGUUGGGGCAGCUUAACCAACACCCGCACAGAGGUGCUGACAGCGUUCGGGCGUGCUGGAAUAGAGACUGGUUAACUGGCCCUUGCUUGCAGAAGUGCCAGGUCUGGCGAGACAGCCCUGGGCACAGGUGGGUUUAGCUUGGAAAAUCGGUCCUGACCCUGUACCACUCCUUGACAGUGACCCACUUUGGGUUUUGAAACACUCCACAUUAGUUUUUCAAUGGCCUUAAUCUGAAGUGACCUUUUUCUUCAAGGAUCAUGUCCACACAACUGGAAUUCAUGAUGCCCCAAUUUACAUCUAGCCUUUGACCACACACCCAUACCCUCUCUUGUUAAGUUGGUUAAGAAAGUCCAAAACCAAGAUAAUUUGAAGGGAUCCCAACAAAACAGGUGGUUGGUUUUCACAACUCCUGUUUUUGAAACUCGAGACUUGAAGUCAGACCGGGCCUCAGCCUACUGCACCCCGAGUGAAAUAAGCCAGGUGCAGGGUCCUUCCCAUAGGGCCAGGUCCCAGGCCCCUUCUGCUGGCGGAGUCAUCCUCCCUCGGGGAGGCAAGGUGUGCUGCCUGAGGCCUCGGGACAGACGCUUCUCUGGCGCAGGCUCUCCCUCUGGGGUGUCUCGGAUGUGGACAGUGACAAAAUAGUUACAUAUAUUCAUAAACAGGACAGGAAGACUUAGAAAAAGACCAAAUUACUCAAAUACUUUUCAAGUUAUUCCUAUUAAGUAUUUUUAAGGAAAAUAAUGUCCUUCUCGUGUGUGUGUGUGUGUGUGUGUUUUGAGGGGUUACAUUAUUUAUUUAACCUCUGCCAUGAGGCCUUUUGUAGGGGUUUGUAUUUAACUUGAGGUGUGGUCACUUGCUGUUAAGACUUGUCAUGUAAUUGCCCUUGAGAAGGGACUGUCCUCUAUCUAGCUUGUCGCGAGUGUCUGUAUUUGGUCUCCGUUCUGAGGUACUGGCUACCAGCCACGCAGCACAGGAUGGACGUGUCUACGCAAAGGCUCACUGACGCAGCAGCCAUGUACUCGCUAGGGCACAGGGCCGUAGCCAUGCUCCAGACAUACUGAGCUGUUCUGCUAGUUUUGGGGAUCACCAUGGCUGGGAGCCAAAAACUAGGACUCUGGCUGGAUCUAGUGCUUUUGCUCUAGGAAAGAGAAAAACCACCUUUGGUUUUGGGGGAAUCUGCAGCAGCGCUGUCUUGCACCCAGCCCGCCCUCUGCCUGCAGGCACACAGCUCUGGCCUGUGGAUCCAAGUUCCAGGCCCUGAUCAGAUCAGAGGCCAGAAGCUCACUGCCUGCUUCCCAGGGAAGUGGCCUUAUGCACAGUGGGGCUGCAAACAGCAUUUGUCUCUUCUCUGACCCCAGGUCAUGGGAAGGGGCAGCUUCUGAUGCUCACUGUGACCCGAAGGGCAGUGCCCUUUAGAUCUGGAAAGGACUGUGUGUGGCUCUUUGAAAAUGUCUUUAUUUUGAUGUGACUUUGUAAAGUCAACCCCUGAUGCAGACAGUGGGUUUGGGUCUUUUGAACACAGGGUUCUGGGCCAACUCACGUGUGCCUCCUGCCAGAGUGCACUUGGGCUUGUCCAGCCCCGGGCUCCUUCAGCGGCAUUGUGUGUGUACAGAUUUAUAGCGUGUGACUGAAUGAAUGUACCUGUGUUUGUAUCUUCUGCAGAUGUACAGUGUACAUAGUGUGUUUACGUGUACAUAGGUGUAUUAUUAUGUAUACAGACAUGUAGCCACGCACCCAAACUUUCCUCCCGUUUAGUGUCUGAGAGCUGGGAAGUUAGUGGGUGGGAGCGCGCCUGGCCCUCAGCAGGGAGUUGCGUGCGAUCUUAACUCCAUUUGCCUCGGGCAAAUGGAGCCUGGCUAGGAAGGGCCGUGCAGUCAGAACCUCUGCUGUACCAGGGAAGGUCUGGGCAGAACAUCCUGACAGGAUGGCACUGCUGUACGUCCCCUGGGUUCACACAGGGCUGGGGCAAGGAAGCUAGAAGGCUGUGGACCCUAGUGCUGGAGACAAGGUGGGCUUUGGGCCCUAAGCGGGAGGGCCUGGGAGGUAGAGCUACAGGCUGCGUGACCACCCAGAGGGCCCAAGUGUGGGGCUGGGCUCUCAGCCAGAGGGCCACUUCCCACCCUGCUCUGGCCAGGUCACAAGGGGCACACAGUGCCCCAGGGCCAGAGUCGGAGUGACGGUUGGUAGAACCAGCAGGCCAGGCCGUCUGUACAAACAAGCACAGGUGGUGAACUUUUAUGGCAUAUAAGCUACAGAUCUUCAGUUCUCUAACCAUAGCAUGUGAAUGAAACCCACUGACUUCUUUCUGUAAAUUAUGAUUUAAAAUUUUCAGAUGAAAAUUGCUUUUUAAUAGAGAUAUGUAUGCCCUUAAAGCUACAGAUGCCAAAUUUUCCUUGUCCAGGUCUAUUCUGAUGAAUUUACCCCUUUAAUCGGGCUAUAAACUGAGACACGGCACUCGGGAGCCAGGGCCCAGCCCAGCAGUAGUUGCUCACGGACCUGGUAAGCAGGGCCUGACUGGGGGGAGGGCGAGAGCCGGCUUGCGAAGGCACCACGGGAUAGCUGCACAGCUCACGUUCCAGUCACUUUUGUUCUUGAUAAGCUGUUGAAAUGCAGGAAGACGCUUCAUUGAGACCAUAGUACUCAGUGCCUUGUGUGAGACGUGGGGCGUAUGGCCGCCAGCUUCCCCCAAAGCUCCUGGCUCACCGGCUGUGUCCGUGACCGCCCAACCUCCCCAUGGCCCUGCCUGCCGGCCAGCACACUACACAAAGGUAGUCUGGCCAGUUCUAACGCCAGUGGAAGCUUGACAGUCUCAAAACGGAUCUUUAAAAUACAGUUUCUUUCUGGGGCUAGAUAUCUUAAUAGCAACGUAAGAACAAUUAAACUGUGAGCUUGAAGACACUUACCUUGAGGGUAGGGGAUGUCUGAGAUUUCUAAUGCCCAGCUGGAGUUUCAGUCAAGCCAGUAAUCUGGCCCCUCACUCGAUACAAACAUGGAAAAAAUGCUGGCGCAGACGCUCACCCACAUUCAUCAAUUGACCGACUGUGAUAAAGCUUAAUAUUGGAGUAACAUUUGGAAAUAGCGAUAGACUUUACAUUAAGAAAUGGCUUUUCUUUAGAAGAAUAGAAUCAAUUAUUUUAACAACCAGCGCGUUCACGGACUCAGAUGCUGCUGCCAUGUACAGCUCCAGUGCUGGACUAUUUUUCUACGGCCUCUCCGUUCUCCCGGUUACCUUGUAAACCAGUGUUCAACUAGUUUUAUAACUGAAGAUGCACAUUUUUCAUAGUACAAACCAUAGUUUUUACCUCUAGUUGGGACCUCUCUGUUGAAAUGUAGCUGCAUUAUCAGCCCUUUUAAACGAUGUCUGUUAAAGGAAACUCGGGUGUUUGAUUUUCUUGGGACCGUUUCUGUAAACCUUUGCCCUUCACAAUAGAGAAAAUAUUGUUUAUGCCAUUAUAUUUUAAUUCCAGGUUUAAAACCUGUCAAAAGCUGUAGCUUAAAAUCAGCUUUGUUUAUGUGAUGGCAUUUAAAAAAAUAGCAUGUUCUUUUUAAACUGAAUUUUAUAUCUAAUCAGUGUCUUCAGUCUUGAAGAAGAAUCUGCAUUGUUGUGUUUGUAUAUAGAGUAUUGCAGUGCAUGAAUUAGCUUUAUGCAUUUUAUUAAAUGCUGUUUCAUGUGGCAUUAUUGUUGUGGCUUAAUACUACUACCUACAUGAGGUUUCUACUAUUAAAAGUGAAUUAAAGACGA